AUGAAGGAAGAAACAGAACCAAGAGAUACCCCCGAAGGCUCGGCUGCUGGUGACGAAUCGAAGGCCAGUCUUGCUUCCAAGGAUCGGAAAUGCCAAUACUGCCAGCAGGCGUUUACAUCCUCAUCAUUGGGUCGACACCUCGACCAAUUUCUCUUCAAAAAGAAACCCGACGGAAUCCACGAUGUCGAAGAAAUCCGACGAAUUCGCAGUGGAAUCACCAGGCGUCAGGCCCGAACAUCCACAGGAAAGACCGAGGGUAGUCCUGAACGAAGCCAGAAAAAAAGGACAUCUGAGCCGUUUACAGCCGCAGACUCGGGAUCGAAGUCGCGUGAGGCUCCGGUGCGCAUGAUGUUCAACACACCCACCUGGCACGCGACGGGGGUAAUCAACGAUAUCCCCAACCCUAAUCGUGUGCCGGAUGGACCUCGAAUUGCGCCAUCACAAUCUCGGACAGGGUCGCUACAGCUGCCAGAUUACACGGGUCGAGGUGCUAGCUCCAGCAACCCGGAUACAAUGCGAGCGCUGGAGCUCGCACUGCGCGAGGUGCUUGACAACAUCAAAGCUGCGAGCUCACGAAAUAUUAGCUCUCGUGUCCGGCCUCGGCUGUCUCCGUUCGACUUCGACAUGCAAGCUCAGACCUUCCCCUCCAUGUGUCUACAGUUGCUCCCUUCACCGCCAAGCCUGUUUGCGACACAUCCGUUUUCCUCCUCUACCUCGUUUCCCCUGCAGCCCCCCGGCGCAGAGCACCUCGACAUCGUCCGCCAAGCCCUUCGCUCCAAGGUCGCACAAUGGCAGGCCGAUCAACUCGCGGUAGACUCGGCCGCUGCGCCUCACAUGAGACACAGCAAUAGCGGGGUGGAUCCGAACAUGAUAUAUCGGAGCGCACAGCAGCACGAGGAUAUCAGUUUUCGACACUUAGAAUUGGCCUUCAAUCAUUGGAACUCUCUAUCCCACGAGACCCGUCGCGACACGUGGCAAUUGGAGAUCACACGUGCAUUUGCACGGGAGGCGGAGAAGCGCAAGUCCUCAGACGAGCAACUCGCCCGAGUACAACAGGAAGCGAACCAACUCCGUGCACAGGUCGAGCGCCUGGGCUCAUGCCAGUGGCCUCGCGAGUUCGCAUUAUUUCCCCCAGAUACACUCCCCCUACCACGGGAGGUAGCUCGGCAAUUAGACGCACUGGAUAGCCAUAUCAGUGCCAACUCUACGCGAUGGGACUAUGACAGCGUGGUCGCCAAAUGGAAACGUGUUGUUAUGCACGACAAGGGCAUGGGUCGGAUCGGGGUUGGUUAUGGAAACCCCAGUCCGCUGGGAGAUCCAGACCAAAGUCAGUCUCAACCAAGCCCUGACAUCCGACCUCCACGCCCAGGCGAAGACACUACCUCUCAUCCCAAUCGCUUGCGCCCCUUGCAAUCUGCCACGGUUUUGAGCCCAGACGCUGUGGCUACCUCUACCCCCGCUUCAUCUACCCACUACGCUUCACCCCACUCCUUUGCAGAUUCACGCAGCCCGCCCACCGGUGUCCUACCCAGUGGCAUGCCCCAGGUGGGCGUGCUACCGUCAGCUAAGCGACAACGUCUCAUGAAUGGCUCAGAAGACACAUCUGGUCCUUCGUCCGAGUCUGGUCAUCCUCAGCCUUCUGCAGCUGGCAAACCGUGGGGGUCCUCCACGCCCCAUUUAUCCAACCUUGCCGCACCCUCGGGACAAACGCCUCCGUCUUUGUCGUCCAGGAAUUGA